AUGAUGGAAGGAAGAAGAUCAAAACAACAAGUUAUCCAAGGGAAAAAAUAUAUUAUUUAUACUGUUCGCUAUGAUGUUUUUCUCUGGAUAUGCUCAUUAUAUUGGUUCUUCCCAAUAACCAGUGGAUGCAAAGCUGUUUCAAAGGGAGGAAUUGCUCAAGACCUUCGUACAAAUGGGCAUAAAAGAUUAACUUAUCGCCCCAUAUCUGUUGAAACUGGAGUCAUUGCUCAGGCAAAUGGUUCAGCAAGAGUGAAGAUGGGUAAAACUGAAGUCAUAGUUUUGCCUUGUCUUCUCAACUUGUUGACCAAUAACCACAAAAAAAGUAUUAAGAAAGAAGCUUGUUGGACCAUAUCAAACAUCACUGCUGGCAACAAGAAGCAGAUUCAGUCAUUGAAGCAAAUAUCAUUGGCCCUCUUAUUCAUCUGCUUCAAAAUGCAGAAUUUGAUAUCAAAAAAGGAGGCUGCAUGGGCUACCUCAAAUGCUACUUCGAUUGGAAGCCAUGACCAAAUCAAGUAUUUGGUAAGUGAGGGAUGUAUUAAGCCCUUGUGUGAUUUACUGAUAUGUCCAGACCCAAGAAUAGUGACAAAGGGUUGGAGAAGAUUGAGAAUUUACAGAGUAAUGAUAACAACGAGAUUUUAUGAGAAAGCAGUGAAGCUUCUUGAGACUUAUUGGUUGGAGGAAGAGGAUGAUGCCAUGCCACUUGUCGAUGCAGCUACAACUCAGCCUCCUGUUGGUGAUGUUUUUGUUCCUUCUGGUGGAUUCAAGGAAAAGGAGGUGAAGAAUUUUCAAUGGAACUCUCUGCGGCCUUGCAGCAAUUUCUUUUGGGUGGUAAAACUUGAGCGGGUGAGGAACCUGGGGAAGCCAGUUGAACUUGUUGGACAAUAUUACUUAGAUGGGGCUGAUGAGGUUAGCUUUUUUAAUAUUACCGGCUUUCGCGAUUUCCCUCUGGGCGAUUUGCCAAUGUUGCAGGUACAUAUAUAUGCUCUUUCAUUCUCCUUUGGUGGUGGUAUAAGAGAUUUCACUGAUGCAAAUGGAAGGUACUAUUCUAGUUUGGAGGUGGCUUCAGAAUAUUUCAGAUCUGGUGCAGAUAAGAUAUCUAUCGGGAGUGAUGUUGUUUAUGCUGCAGAAGAGUAUCUAAAAACAGGAGUAAAAAUGGGAAAGAGGAGCUUAGAACAGAUUUUCCAGAGUGUAUGGGAAUCAGGUCUGGAGUAA